GAAAGCUGCUUCCCUAGGAGCUGGCCUUCACAGUUAGUGUCCUUACAUUUUGGCGAAGAUCAGAAUCCCUUGUCAUCAUUCCACCGCCUGUGUAUUUUACGGGGCCUCUGUGUAGUCCUGAAACACAGUCGCCCCAGUUCUAGAUCCUCUGGAGUGUUCUGAGUAAUUCUAGGAGCCCUUCCUCUCAGUGGUCUGAAAACACGGCCCCUCCCAUGUUGAGCAAAAGGCGGAUGGAGAUACUUCCAAAAGAGGCUGAUGAAAUGUAGUACAGAGAAUCCAAAACAUAUUUCUUUAGUGCUUGCUUAUGUAUACACAAAUGUUGGUGAUUCUUGUUUCGCCUAAAUUAUAAACGAAAUCAGUAGACCUGCCUCUUUAGGAAACGUUGUGGCCUGUCCUGUGGGCCUGCACCGGGCUUAGUGUAGAGGCACUGCACUCUGGCAGCCAUAGAGCUUCUGCUGUUUUUGGAGACUGUGCUCCCUUCCACAGUGACCUUGGACUCACUAGGCUGGAGUGUAAGAGAAACUCAGAUUUCUAUGCAAAUGCUUGUAAAGAUUGGAGGCUUAUCUAGAUUUGGCCCCUUUCUGGAGUGGUUCAUUGAAAGAACAGAAAUCCUAACCCAUGCUGAUAGUGCAGUUGGGCCAUUUGGCAGGGCAGCUUGAAGGCUCAGGAUUGGUUUUUUGUCAAAGAAAGCUGCACACAAGAAAUUCUCCAGGCUGGCUCUAAACUAUCUAGUGCCUUUGCGUGAAAGAUGCUGCUCUAAUAAUCCUGUCCACUAGGUGGUGGGGCACACACACCAAGUUCUUCAGUAGACAUGCUACGCUUUGCUGGUUUGGCAUAUUUGAUCAUGUAAUACAUUGCCUUGACUACUACUGUUACUAUUGCCUGGGUCAAAAACUGUGAGAGAAAUGUCUGAGUAUUUGCCGCAGCUUCCUGAUCCACAGCAGAAGCAGUUACCCCUUCCCAAAUCUCUGGGGUAGUAUACUUGUCAGGCUUGGAUCCCUUGAGUGUUUUCUACUCUCCAUAAUCUGGCCCCUGCAGACCCUUUGUCCUUCACACCUCUGAGGGCAAAUGUGGAAGCAGGGCCUCUCAGCCAAUCCCAGUGCCUUUUUCUAACUGCUUUCCUUUUAUUUAUUUAUUUAUUUGAAAGUCAGAGUUAGAGAAAGAGAGCAGAUCUUCCAUCCACUAGUUCACUCUCAAAUGGCUGCAACUGCCAGAGCUGGGCCAGUCCAAACCCAGGAGCCUGGAGCUUCAGGGGUCCAAGUACUUAGGCCGUUAUCUGCUGCUUUUCCAAACACGUUAGCAGUGAGCCUGAUUGGAAGUAGAAGAUCCAAGACUCGAGUUGGCACCUAUAUGGGAUGCUGUCACCAUAGGUGGUGGCUUUACCCACCACACCACAGUGCCAGCCCCACCUUGUUCCUUUUAAAGCUCCAGAGAAGUAAGAAAAAGUAAGAAAGUAAAAAGAGAUGCCUGCAUUGUAGACUACUAAUUUGUAAGUCUUAAUGCAUUAAUGCACUGUAAUUUUUUUUACAAGAUUUAUUUUAUUUAUUUGAAAGGCAGAGUUAGAAGAAGAGACAAAGAGAUCUUCAGUCUGCUGGUUCACUCCCUAAAUGUCCACAAUGGCCUGAACUGGGUCAGGCCGAAGCCAGGAGCCAGGAACUUCAUCUGGGUCUCCCAUAAACCUGUGGUCCAGAUAACGCUUCAAGAUGUACGCCGCAUUUACAAGAGGAGGCACGGCCUCAUGCCUUUGGGUUUGGAAGUAUUUUGCACUGAAGAUGAUCUGUGCUCUGACAUCUACCUGAAGUUCUAUGAACCUCAAGACAGAGAUGAUCUCUAUUUUCAUAUUGCCACAUACCUAGAGCACCAUGUAGCUGAGCACACCGCCGAGAGCUACAUGCUGCAGUGGCAGCGAGGGCACCUCUCCAACUACCAGUACCUCCUUCACCUCAACAACCUGGCCGACCGCAGCUGCAACGACCUCUCCCAGUAUCCCGUGUUCCCGUGGAUAAUCAAUGAUUACUGCAGCACAGAAUUAGACUUGUCAAAUCCAGGAACCUUCCGGGACCUGAGUAAGCCAGUGGGGGCCCUAAACAAGGAAAGGCUGGAGCGACUGCUGACACGAUACCAAGAAAUGCCUUGGCCAAAGUUCAUGUAUGGAAGUCACUAUUCUUCCCCAAGUUACGUGCUAUUUUAUCUUGUUAGAAUUGCACCUGAGUACAUGCUGUGCCUACAGAAUGGAAGAUUUGAUAAUGCAGAUAGAAUGUUCAACAGUAUUGCAGAAACUUGGAAAAACUGUUUGGAUGGUGCAACAGAUUUUAAAGAGUUGAUUCCAGAAUUCUAUGGUGAUGAUGUCAGCUUUUUAGUCAAUAGUCUGAAGUUGGAUUUGGGAAAGAGACAAGGAGGGCAGUUGGUUGAUGAUGUGGAACUUCCUCCUUGGGCUUCAAGUCCUGAGGACUUUCUGCAGAAGAGCAAAGAUGCAUUGGAAAGCAGUUAUGUGUCUGAGCACCUCCAUGAAUGGAUUGAUCUAAUAUUUGGCUACAAGCAAAAAGGGAGUGAUGCUAUUGAGGCCCAUAACGUAUUUCAUCCGCUGACCUAUGAAGGAGGUGUCAACUUGAACAGCAUCGAGGAUCCUGAUGAGAAAGUGGCCAUGCUCACCCAAAUCCUGGAAUUUGGGCAGACACCAAAACAGCUGUUUGUGACACCACACCCUCGAAGGAUCACUCCAAAGUUUAAAAGUCUGUCUCAGACUUCCAGUUACAAUGCUUCUAUUGCUGAUUCCCUGGUCUCUCCAGGUGAAGAAUCUUUUGAAGACUUGACCGAAGAAAGCAAGACACUAGCCUGGAAUAACAUCUCCAAACUGCAGUUGCAUGAGCAGCACAAACUCCACAAGGAGGCAGUCACGGGAAUAGCAGUCUCCUGCAAUGGGGCCUCAGUCUUCACAACGUCACAAGAUUCUACCUUGAAGAUGUUUUCUAAAGAAUCCAAAAUGUUACAAAGAAGUAUAUCAUUUUCAAAUAUGGCUUUGUCAUCUUGUUUACUUUUACCAGGAGAUGCCACUGUCAUAAGUUCUUCUUGGGAUAAUAACGUCUAUUUCUAUUCCAUCGCAUUUGGAAGGUGCCAAGACACAUUGAUGGGACAUGAUGAUGCUGUUAGUAAGAUCUGUUGGCAUGACAACAGGCUAUAUUCUGCGUCGUGGGACUCUACAGUAAAGGUGUGGUCUGGUGUUCCUGCAGAGAUGCCAGGCACCAAAAGGCACCAGUUUGACUUGCUGGCUGAGCUGGAACAUGACGUCAGUGUAGAUACAAUCAGUUUAAAUGCUGCAAGCACACUGUUGGUUUCAGGCACCAAAGAAGGCACAGUGACUAUUUGGGACCUCAGUACAGCCACUUUAUUGCACCAGAUUCCAUGCCAUUCAGGGACUGUGUGUGAUACUGCUUUUAGCCCAGAUAGCCGCCACGUCCUCAGCACGGGAGCAGACGGCUGUCUUAAUGUGAUUGACGUGCAGACAGGGAUGCUCAUCUCCUCCAUGACGUCAGACGAGCCCCAAAGGUGCUUUAUCUGGGAUGGAAAUUCCAUUUUAUCCGGAAGUCAGUCUGGUGACCUGCUCGUCUGGGACCUCCUUGGAGCAAAAAUCAGUGAGAGAAUACAGGGCCACACAGGUGCUGUGACCUGUAUAUGGAUGAAUGAACAGUGCAGCAGUAUCAUCACUGGAGGAGAAGACAGACAAAUUAUGUUCUGGAAAUUGCAGUAUUAAGUGCCUUUUCCUGUCUUGCAUAUUCAAGUUGAACUUUAAAAAUAUUUUUAAACCAAACUUUUAAAUGAACUGGUGAAUGUGCAAGGAUAGAAACUAGAAGUUUUACCACAUGGAAAUUUGUGUGGUUUUAAACUUUGUAAAUCACGAUGACCUCACUGAAAGCCACUAGCUGCCAUCCUCUAAGGCAGUAUUUAGGGGAAGCAUCUCGUUUGUAAGGCAGAGGGUCAUACCACUGUGAUGGUUAGGAGACAGGCCUGCAUGGCAGAGUAGCUCAGAGCUACUAAGCUGGGCAAGCACCAGGUAGCCGUGAACAACUGAGCUUUCCAAGGAAAUGUGCAGUAUUCGCUGCUGCUUCUUGAGAGCCUGUUUUGUCUUCCUAAUCUACCACAACUGCUGCCCACCAGGUUUUUAGGUAUGUGUGUUUUCACGGAGCGGCUACUUUGUAUAAUGCUCUACCCAGAUUCUGAGAACCUGGGAAGGAUCAGAAGUUCUCAUAACAGUAAGGUUACUGUGUAUGGGAACGGUUUGUAUUUCAUUAAACUAUUAAAUGCUCAUCUUUUCUACAUUAAAAAUAUUUUUCUGUAACGAAA